ACACUCAACAACAUGCUAACCACAAACCACAACCUUUUAUUUAAGGCGAUAGUGCUCGCGUUGUGCGUCAUUUCGUUUGUCCACGUAUUUUUGUUUCCGCUGUACGAUCUGGGCGCCUCCAAGGCCAACCUGAAGACUUACCAGGACUUCGAGCAGAGCCUCUGCAUCAGCAACCUGAGGCACCAGAGGGUGCUGAAGAAGUCUGCGUGUCCGCAGUAUGGCAUUGUAACCAUCGUGCAAGGGGGGAGACUAGGCAAUCAAAUGUGGGAAUACGCAUCAGUGUGGGCCCUGGCGCGCAGGACCGGACUGGAGCCGUACGUCCCGCGCUGCAUCCGGGCGAAACUCGACCAAAUAUUCGAAUCGCUUUCGGUGCCCACCUUCGAAGAAAUCUCGCAUUGCACAGUACCACUGAGCAAAUUCGUCAGGUCGUCGGAAGCCUGGAACUCGACCAACCAAAGCAUCAUCCUACCUCGAUAUUCCAUUCAGCCAGAGCUGGUCUUAACGUGGGUCCAAGACAUCAUUCAGGAAUUUUCGUUCAAGAAGAAAUUUUCAGACAAAAGCCAGCAGAUCCUCAUGCAAGCCGCCAAGAACUCCACUAGGGAGCAUGUCUUUGUGGGGGUGCAUGUUCGCAGAACGGACUAUAUCGGGUAUCUAAGAAGAAAGCAUUCGGUGGACGCAGCAAACGCGAGCUUCUACCGACUGGCAAUGAACUAUUUCGAAGAAAAAUACAUCUACGUCAUGUUCGUAAUGGUCAGCGACGAUCCUACGUGGUGUGCGAAAAAUUUCGCGUGGAAAAAGAACUUGUACAUCACAAACCAGCACCACAAAAACAGCCCGGCUUUGGAUCUGGCGGUCUUGGGGGCCUGCAAUCACUCCAUCAUCGAUUAUGGUACGUUCGGCGAAUGGGGGGCCCUUCUGGCCGGGGGGGAGACCAUUUUUUAUAAUUUAACUCAUCAUUCAACCAACAAGCUGGGCCAGAUUCUACACAACUGGCACACCAUUUGAAAGUAUAAUACAAAAAUAGUUGCACGACCAAAAUUUUUACUAUUUUUUUAUUUACUGUAUCUUACACUUUUGGUUGGUGCCAUGGUUUACUUGUACCAUGAUUGGAGAUGCGACUUGAAAAAAAACGGUCCGUUUUUUUGUUUUUUUUUUCAGGUUUUUUUACAUUGUUUUUUUUCAAAUGGUU